AUGGUAUCCUCCGCCUUCACCAAGAGAAAAAUCGACACGACGGAUUCCUUAAACCAGAAAGCACAUAUAUUCAAUGAUGAUUAUAAAGUCAAGAGGAGUGCAAUGAUAGGGGCACUGGAAAUCCUUGCCGACGAACAAGACUUGAAACGACAAAUCGCGGAGAAAGGAAGUGGCAUCCAAGAAACACAAAGUUUAAAUCGAGGAUCAUAUGAUGCGAUGGGCAAACUCAUGGUCAUUGAUACAGAGAUCAUGGAGUUUCUAUUGGAAGCGGAGGAGGGAGAGGAAAAGGUCGAGAAACCACGAGCAUUCCUGACUCAAAAAACCAAGAUUGCGGAACAUUGA